AUGUCCAAUCCCUAUUCUCGGGAGAGUGUCGGCACUGUUAAAGCAACCUUGAAUAGACUGAAGGCGGAAUGCGCGCAAAUAUGGGAAGACUUAGACGACACCGAGCAAAUGCAAUUUCUCUGGCCGGUAAACACACCUCUUGAAGUUCAUGAGCUUGUAGGACCUGAAAGAUUCGAUGCUGCAUCGCCGAGAUACCAAAUGCCCUUCUUUUGGACUAGUACGGGUAUUCCAGCUACGCCUUCCUGGUAA